UACUUUUUAUUUAUUAAAUUUUAUUUAUUAAUCAAUUAAGAUGAUUGACAUCUUUCAUAAUAAAAUAAUUUAACCUUAAUGUGGCGUUUUUGUGUCAAAUCAAUUCAAAAAAACGUCUCUCUUUUCGGUAUCUUUCGUUUAGUCGCUAAAAAAUUGUCCAGUUUUCGUCACAAAUCGAAGAAGAUAUUUAAUUGACCUUUUGAAGUGACCCGCAAUCAUCCAAUUUAAGACGAAUAACUCCAAAAUACUGUUACAAAUGCAGUCGUUCUUAGAGUUAAGCUUGAACCACAAUGUCCCUGACUAAUAUUUUGCCUAGUUUAUAUGAAUACUAUGCCGGCGCCGGUGCAAUAACGAGCGGUUUAAACAUUGAUAAACCUUAUUUUACGUUAAACGAUAAAAACAUAACGAUUCUAAGCGGAGCAUUUCAUUAUUUUCGAGUACCAAAAGAGUAUUGGAGUGAUCGUUUGAGAAAAAUGAGAGCAUCUGGUUUAAAUACUGUUGAGACUUACGUACCAUGGAACUUGCACGAACCCGAAGAAGGCGUUUUUGAUUUCGGCGCGGGUGGAAGCGAUUUUCAAGAAUUUUUAGACAUUCAAAAAUUUUUAGAAUUAGCUAAAGAGGAGGAUUUAUUCGCAAUUGUUCGUCCGGGGCCUUAUAUAUGUUCCGAAUGGGAAUUUGGAGGGCUCCCUUCUUGGUUACUUCGUUAUAAAGGGUUAAAAGUUCGUACAUCGGAGCAAACCUUCAUGCAAAAAGUUACCAAUUACUUUAACGUUUUAAUCCCGAUAUUGGCAAUGUUGCAAUUUACGAAAGGAGGCCCGAUUAUUGCGGUUCAAGUUGAAAAUGAAUAUGGGAGUACUUCCGAACCGGGGAGAUUCGUUCCAGAUAAGAUUUAUUUGGAACAAUUAAGACGGUUGUUGAUUCGAAAUGGGAUAGAGGAGUUAUUAUUUACUUCGGAUUCGCCAACGGCUCAUGGAGAUGAAGGUACUUUACCGGGAGUUUUAUUUCAAACGGCGAAUUUCGCUUCAAACCCAGAAAAAGAAUUCGAAGCACUUUUAAAACUUCAAGGUGAAAAACCAUUAAUGGCCACCGAGUUUUGGACCGGUUGGUUCGAUCAUUGGGGUGAAUUACAUCACAUUCGAGACAACGAAGAUUUCUACAACAUAUUAGAAAGGAUUUUAAAGUACCCCGCUUCCGUAAACAUGUACAUGUUCGUUGGUGGAACAAGUUUCGGGUUUAUGAACGGGGCAAAUAUCGCCGAUUCAAGCGUAGAUAAUGAGGGUUAUCAACCGGAUACGACUAGUUAUGAUUACGACGCCCCCAUAAGCGAAUCUGGAGAUUACACAAUGAAAUAUGUUAUGGUUAAAGAGUUAUUAACAAAAUAUAACAAAAUUAAAACAAGAACGCCGAUCGUUCCCGCAAUUACAAUUAAAUUUGCGUACAAAAAUGUAUUUAUCGAUAAACAAUUAACGUUCAACGAAAUUUUGGAGCAAGCUCCAAUAAAAAUAAACAGCCCAAAAUUAAUGCCGAUGGAGUUAUUACCUCAAAUUAAUAAUAAUUCGGGGCAAAGCUACGGAUACAUAGUUUACAGAAAAGAAAACUUAGACAUCUCAAGCAACACAACUUUAAUCAUUAAAGGAAGAGUUUGCGAUACAGUUAUGGUGUUAAUAAACGGAUUUUUAGUAUCAAAACCUUUAACUUUAGUAAGCGAUUUAAAUUCGUUCGGAUUUUGGCGAUGGAAAGACUCUAGAUUACACCUCGGAAUGCAACCGUUUAAAUCGGCAACUUUAGAUUUAAUCGUUGAAAAUUGGGGUAGAAACAACUUCGGAAGUUUAGACCAAUUCAUUCAAUAUAAAGGUUUAUGGCAAGGUGGCGUAUUUUUAGAUGACACUGAAUUAAACGAUUUCAAAAUUAUCCCAUUGGAUUUUAAAAAAACAUUUUUUUCGAAAUUGAAUUAUUUUCACCCGCCUAUUAACCCCUGGUUACCAGCCCCAUCGAUUUAUAAGGCCACUUUAAAGGUUCAAACGCGGUACGAUACGUUUUUGGAUAUGUCUUCGUGGACUAAGGGAUUCGUUGUUGUAAAUAAUUUCAUUUUGGGACGAUACUCUUCGAUCGGACCGCAACAAACCCUGUUUUUACCCGCCCCUUUACUAAAAGAAGGGAAAAACACCAUCAUGGUUUUCGAACAGUUCUUUCCGGCGGACCGAUUAAAAUUUAGAACAACACCGUUUUAUAAAACGCAAAAUGCCGAAAUUGGAAUGGUUUCAAUUAUUAUGUCAUAAUCAAAUAUUUUGGUAAACAUCUGUACUUAGAAUAAGAUUUUUUAUAUAU